AUGCACAACUUCUUCACCACAACCGGCGCCGUCUUCGCCCUCAGCGCCGCCAUUGCCGCCGCCGCCCCGACCACCGUCGCCGCCGACGGCAAGACGUUCAGCAUCUGGGCCGACUACUCUCGCUGCGACCGCGCCGACGCCCUCUCCCUCCAGAUCCUCGACUUCGACGCGCCCUCGAGCGAAGCCGACCCCAAGGCGACGCGCCAGCCCACGGGCGAGGACCUCGUCCAGCUCACCGCGCCCUUCAGCGGCUCCGUCACCCUCCUCGAGGUCGCCAACAUGGGCCCGUACAGGCAGCAGAGCGUGUCCAUCGAGCUGUACGCCGCGCCGUCGGGCGACGCCGCCGUCUACGGCAACGCGACCUUUGAGCCCGGCUCCGAGGUGCGCAGCUGGAGCCUGGUCAAGUGGGGCGCGGCCAAGGAGGGCGAGGCGCUGUGGCCGAGCGAGGGGGAGGAGGCCGCGAGCCAGCCCGUCAUGGGGAAGGCGGGGAGCGUGGUGACGAGCGUGAGCGGCGAUAGUCUGUUCUUGGAGUGGUGCACGAGGUGA